AUGAUGACGUUACUUCAGCACGCAGUUUCUGUAUCUAUCAGAUUUUUGUUUUUUCUUCUUCUUCCUCACUCGCUCUGGGCCUCGCGUUCUAUCGAAAAACUCUCUGACCAUCGCAAAGCCAAAGCUUCAGCGAUCUUCCUCAUCUGUAUCUCAACUGAAUUUAGGAGGGAAAUCUCGAUGGGUUUCAUAAUGGAAUUCGCGGAGAAUCUGGUGCUGAGGAUAAUGGAGGAUCCGGAAGUUAGAGACAGGAAAGCGAGAGAGCACAUAUACGAGAUGCACGAGAGGUGCAAGAAGAUUAAGGAGAUGUGGGCGUUGCCUAUUCGUCCUUACGGAUUCUGGACAUUUGAGCGUCACAACGCUCAGCUUCGUUGGGAUCCUCAGAUCAGUCAGGUCGCUGGUCGUAGAGAUCCUUAUGAUGAUCUCCUUCAGGACGACUUCACUUCUCGUCCUUCCUCCUCUUCUUCUGAAUCUUCAAACUAA